UGCGUGGUGUCUCGGAGCAGCGGCUGCUCUCCCACAGCGUCAGGACGAGUCCCGUGCGCGUUCGUCCGCGGAGAUCUUUCUCAUCUCGCUCGGCUGCGGGAAAUCGGGCUGAAGCGACAGAGUCCGCGAUGGAGAGAGAAAAGGAACAGUUCCGUAAACUCUUUAUUGGUGGCUUAACCUUUGAAACCACAGAAGAAAGUUUGAGAAACUACUACGAGCAAUGGGGAAAGCUCACAGACUGUGUGGUUAUGAGAGAUCCUGCAAGCAAGAGAUCAAGAGGAUUUGGUUUUGUAACUUUCUCCUCCAUGGCCGAGGUUGAUGCUGCCAUGGCUGCAAGGCCUCAUGCCAUUGAUGGCAGGGUAGUUGAGCCAAAACGUGCUGUAGCAAGAGAGGAGUCUGGAAAACCAGGUGCCCAUGUGACUGUGAAGAAGCUGUUUGUUGGUGGAAUUAAAGAAGAUACUGAGGAACACCACCUUAGAGAUUAUUUCGAAGAAUAUGGAAAAAUUGAUACUAUUGAAAUAAUUACUGAUAGGCAGUCUGGGAAGAAAAGAGGCUUUGGCUUUGUUACUUUUGAUGACCAUGAUCCUGUGGAUAAAAUUGUAUUGCAAAAAUAUCACACCAUCAAUGGUCACAAUGCAGAAGUUAGAAAGGCAUUGUCUAGACAAGAAAUGCAGGAGGUCCAAAGUUCAAGGAGUGGAAGAGGAGGAAACUUUGGUUUCGGGGAUUCUCGUGGUGGCGGCGGCAAUUUUGGACCAGGACCAGGAAGCAACUUUAGGGGGGGAUCUGAUGGAUAUGGAAGUGGACGUGGAUUUGGGGAUGGCUAUAAUGGGUAUGGAGGAGGACCUGGAGGUGGCAAUUUUGGAGGUAGCCCUGGUUAUGGAGGAGGAAGAGGAGGAUAUGGUGGUGGAGGACCUGGAUAUGGCAACCAGGGUGGGGGCUACGGAGGUGGUUAUGACAACUAUGGAGGAGGAAAUUAUGGAAGUGGAAAUUACAAUGAUUUUGGAAAUUAUAACCAGCAACCUUCUAACUAUGGCCCAAAGAAGAGUGGAAACUUUGGUGGUAGCAGGAACAUGGGAGGACCAUAUGGUGGAGGAAACUAUGGUCCUGGAGGAAGUGGAGGAAGUGGGGGCUAUGGUGGGAGGAGCCGAUACUGAGCUUCUUCCUACUUACCAUGGGCUUCACUGUAUAAAUAGGAGAGGAUGAGAGCCCAGAGGUAAUAGAACAGCUUCAGGUUAUCGAAAUAACAAUGUUAAGGAAACUCUUAUCUCAGUCAUGCAUAAAUAUGCAGUGAUAUGGCAGAAGACACCAGAGCAGAUGCAGAGAGCCAUUUUGUGAAUGGAUUGGAUUAUUUAAUAACAUUACCUUACUGUGGAGGAAGGAUUGUAAAAAAAAUGCCUUUGAGACAGUUUCUUAGCUUUUUAAUUGUUGUUUCUUUCUAGUGGUCUUUGUAAGAGUGUAGAAGCAUUCCUUCUUUGAUAAUGUUAAAUUUGUAAGUUUCAGGUGACAUGUGAAACCUUUUUUAAGAUUUUUCUCAAAAGUUUUGAAAAGCUAUUUGCCAGGAUCAUGGUGUAAUAAGACAUAACGUUUUUCCUUUAAAAAUUUAAGUGCAUGUGUAGAGUUAAGAAGCUGUUGUACAUUUAUGAUUUAAUAAAAUAAUUCUAAAGGAAAAAAAAA